AUGGCUGCUGAUGCAAAAGGUGAUCCUUCUGCAAGUAAGUUGUUAUCUCCAGUUGGUGGGCUGUCAUUUUCAAGUGUAGGUUGCCAAUCUGAAGUUGAUUCUCCUGGAAGUCAAUUCAUGUUUCAACCUCGCGGCGUGCAGGUGACACCCUCAUGGUCAACUGAUUGGAGGGCUUGCACAGAUACCAGAAGCAACGCUGGUUUUGAGGUGACAGGAAGGAAAGGUCAUGGAGCACAGCAAUCUCUGGAAAAUGGGAAAUUAUGGGCCGAUUCUUGA